UCUCAGGAGAUCUGGAGUGACUGUCAGGAUCCUUAGGGAAAGCAGCAAGAGACCAGGGAUUAGACAUGGCACCAAAGAGAGCCAAGAAGAGAUCUGCGGAGGGAUCUUCCAAUGUCUUUACCAUGUUUGAUCAGACCCAGAUCCAGGAAUUUAAGGAGGCAUUCACUGUCAUUGACCAGAACAGAGAUGGCAUCAUCAGCAGAGACGAUCUGGCUGGUACUUUUGCUGCAAUGGGCCGUAUGAAUGUCAAGCACGAUGAGCUCGAAGCCAUGAUCCACGAGGCUCCCGGUCCCAUCAACUUCACCGUCUUCCUCACCAUGUUCGGGGAGAAGCUUAAAGGCGCGGACCCCGAGGAUGUCAUCAUGGCGGCGUUCAAGAUUCUCGACCCCGAGGGCAAAGGUUCGAUCAAGAAGGCCUUCCUUGAGGAGCUGUUGACCACCCAGUGCGACAGGUUCAGUGCAGAAGAGAUGAAGAACCUCUGGGCUGCUUUCCCUCCUGAUGUUGCCGGCAAUGUGGAUUACAAGAACAUCUGCUACGUCAUCACACACGGAGAGGAGAAAGAGGGAGAGUGAGACCUCCGCUGAGCGGCACUCUCUUCCCCUACCCAUUCUACCCCCUCCCUCCCCUCCCCUCCAACCCCACCCCCCCCUGCCCCCAAACACUCACCCCUCAGGGGACCCGAACACCCAAGGAAGGAGGGAGAAGAACGAAGACUUGGACUCAUCGUCCCCUCACCCAGCGAAGAAUUGGGUCUGGCCUGUGUCAAUGGGCACCCGAUGGAGUCUCUCCCUCCCCUCUUCCCUCCGCCGAGACCCUCUCCCCGCUGGACGAGCAUCUCUGCCCCUCCCCCCCACCCUCACCCCGCUCCCUCCCUCCCUCCCUCCC